AUGAAGAAUUCUCAUUUAUUGGAAAAGUUAAAAGACCCUCAAAUUAAAUACACUGAUAUAUUGAAAGAGCCAGAUAUAAUUACUGCAUUUACAUCAUCAAACAGCCAACUUUUAGACUAUCUACAACGAAAUUUAACAAAUAUUAUUGAAAAUCUCGGCUCUUAUAACGAAAAAGAGUUUGACAUUACAGCAUUCUUUCUAUCUGGUAGAGAUGUUAAAAUUUUAACGAAUUCACUUAUAUCAAAUCAUGUUUUGAUUGAUAAGCUAUUCCAAUCAUCUAUAUUUUCUGAUAAGUUAUCAAUAUCAAAGCUAGAUACGAUAUUUGAUAUAUUCCAAACAGCAACUUUAAUGGAAAGUUCAAUUAUUACCUCAUUUUUUGAAUCAAGCUAUAUGUUUUAUACACUUGUGAAUAACUUAGAUUGCAUUUCGUGUUUUUACUUCCUUAAAUCUCUUAUCAAACACCAAAAUAUCGAAUAUUCCUCAUUCUUAAUCCAAAUCCUCUUAACAAUGAACGUAACGGUUAUCAUCAGCGAUGAAGAUACAGAAAGAUUCCAAUUAAACUCGAAUUCAAUGAAAUAUAUAAAAGAUAAUUUUCAUCUUCAAAAUUAUCGCGAGUUCUUCAAGUUAUGUUAUGAGUUUUCAAUUACACAUAAAACAUAUUUACUAUUUGCUGAUUUAUUCAUCAAAAUUUUGAAUUCACAAUAUUCUAUGUUUUUAUCCGAUUUAGACCACGAUCCUUAUUAUUCCGACAAAGAUACAUUCAAUUAUAUACUAAUGACGUAUUGCCAGCUCAAAUUCAGGAGCAAAGAAAAUAAUGAUUUUUCAUUUGAAGAAUCCUAUGAAGAAGACCAGGAAAUUGACCUUAAUUUAUCAUCAACACAAAGUAUGAGUUCAUAUGAAGAGCUUUUGGACAAAGUUCUUCCAAUUACCGAAUUGGAAUAUUUAGAUUACCAAGUUUACAUGUAUUUUGGCGAGAAAUUCAAAGAAGAAACUAAUAUUUGGGAAUUGGGAACACAUUUUGUUGAUUCAGGAUUGAAAUAUCUUGCGAAAUACUCUCGUUUUAAUCCUGCUUUUGUUUUACACAUAAUAAGAAUGUUCAUUUUUGCUCCUUUCCAAAGAAAUGAUCUUGAUUCAAGAGCCGCGAAGUUGAUUCCAAAAGCAACAACUGUUGAUUUGAUUAUUUACAUGUGCCAGACAUUUAUUGUCGAUGAAGAGCAAUGGAAUAAUUUCAUCAAAGCGAUAAGAAAUUCUUUGUUGUUCUGGGAAAGUCUCGGUGAACACAGUAGAUUAUCAACAUCAAUUUCACUGAAAAUUGCUGAAUUUGUCAAAACUACUGAUAAUGAAAAAAUUUUUGAUUUGCCUGAUGAAGAAGACUUCAAAAAGAACUGGGAAACAUUCGAAAAUAAGUACAAAGAGUUGCCGUUUAAAGAUAUUUCUAUUGAACCUGUUGAAAGUGAAAUUGAUCAGAAGUACUACGAAAAAGGUCAGAGAGAUUUCGAAAAACUCACUUCAAAUGAUAAUGAAUAA